CAUUGAGAGAUGACUGCAAUUGCCAUGCUGCAGUAAGACGUGAUUCUAUUGGACGGAAAUGAUGAGCCAAUCAUAGCGCCGCAUGGACCAAGGGCGACCUCCCAUCCAGGGACAUCUGACAUUCAUGCAGUGAGACAACUGAAGUGCCCGAAAAUGAACAUUAUACGGCAAUCUUUAUUCCGAAUUGGUAGCACAUUAACUCCCAGCAGUAUCACUGCUAUACCAAAGCAUGCAGGCGAUGGAUUUUCUCACCUGAGAUCACUAAGCUCUUGGGUCAUCUCCCGGACACCUGGGGGACCUCAAGGCAUUCGAUGUGGACCACUACAGAUGCAGGCUGAGGGUUCAGGGGUGUUUUCCCAGCUACCGUGGCAGUACCAGCAGGUUCGGACCGGAAAACGCGGCACAGAGUACCAGCCGAAAAACAUAAAGCGAAAGAGAACCCAUGGAUGGAUCAAACGAAUCAGCAACCGGGGUGGGAUCGAAGUCCUUCUACGUCGCAUGUUGAAGGGAAGAAAAUCGCUGAGCCAUUGAGGAUUAGUUCACAAUGUCUUCUAAGAGAAACAUUGUGGUUGCUCAACAAAGUGUGAAUUGGUUUCACCGAUGGAGGGUGUGGGCUGGGGACUGGCGUUCAUCAAAUCCUUGAUGGGUGGAUUGGGCCGCCCAUGCAAAUCUGGGCUCACUUUGUUGUACUUUUUACUCAUGACACUUUGCUGUAUAGAUAUGUAUAUUCUUAAAUUGUUGUCUUGUAUUCCAUCUCAUCAGCCAGUGUUCUGUUCCUGAGACUACGUAAAACCACAAGAUAGUAGAUACAAGAACAACAUAAUGAUGCCUAAUAAAAGGAGUACCUCAUCA